GGGGACUGUCUUCCCUCUCUUCCACCCCACAUCUGCCUCUAUCGCUGCUUGCCCUCUGUCCUCUGGUUAGACCAAAGAUAUCUAGGAAAGAAAUACCAGUAUUCCACGCCUGUUCUUUUUGUACAUAGACUUCUGUAAUCGCUGCGACAAAUAGCGAUUCUUACACCUGUCCUCGUUGCUAGGCACCCAUCAAGGUUUGAGGUACGGGCACUCGUACUACGUAAGACGUCACCAACCACAACAGCGCAAGCUCCCUCGCUCCACGAUCCGCGCUCCACGUUUUCCCACUAUCUACACGUUCUGCGAACACACUCCCACACGCAAAAGGUCGACCUUCUCAGAGCCAGCUUCCUCCAUAAACAUAAUCUUGAUACCUACCAGCACCCCGACUCAACCCUACAACAGAAAAAAAGCAGCGAUAAUGGCGUCCUUCAUGGAAAGGCUCUGGGAGUCCAUCUUCGAACCCGGUCCAACGCCCACCCUGCUCGUCGCGACGAAUGCCACCUUCGCCGCGCUCCAACUACUUCUAUUCACCCUCCUCAUCGCGACCUACAGCGUGCACUUCGUCAUCCUGUCCAUCCUUUGCGGUGGGCUCUGGUGGGCAAUAAAUUGGUUCGCGCGCGAGAUCCGAGCCGCGCAGGAGAAAGAGGAGGAGGCGAAACGGAUCCGCGAGGCGCGGCGCGAGAAAGACAGAGGCGGGAAGGGAGCCGGGGGCGAGGUCGGAGGAGGCAUGGACUCCGGUGACGAUACGGAGACGGAGGUGGAGGAGAAGUAUCAGGGAAGACCGAAAGCGACGAAGGCGAGGUCGACGCGCUCGCAGCAACAGUCGUCGCAGUCGCAGCGGGCGCCGCGACCAGAGACGCAGAGCACGGUUUUCGUGGAGAAGCCCAGGGAGGGCGCUGCUGCUGAGGCUAGCAAUGGAGGAAGAGAUUCAACGCCUGUGCAGACCAGCUCUGGACCUGUGGGCGCGAGUACUUCGGGCGCGACGACUAGGCUUGCCCCGUUGGUAGAUGAUGCUGUGAGGAAGAGGAAUCUCGCUGAGUCGACUGGGGAGUUGAGUACGGAUUCUGAAUGGGAGAAGCUGUCUCAAGACUCUGGUGAUAGAUGAAGGGAGGGAGGAGUAGCUACUGGACUGUACCUGAAUGUUGUAUGAGAAAUGUCGAAGGAUGUGAGGAUACCCUGAUUUUAAGUUUCGAAGCACUGUCUGUGCAAUGGCCUCUUCUUGGAUGUGACGAGUACAACUUAUAUAUGAAUGUUCAUGUCAGUAAACUUUACCGUGUACAUGGACAUUGUGUUGCUCCCCGCGGCCAUAAUUGGAUGAUAGCAGGCGAUACUUGGAUGUAGAAGGUGAAGCAAGAGCAAAUCGAAUGUGGAAUAUCUAAUUCUUUCACGGUCUUGUAGAGUGAUUCC